UUCAGCUGUUGGAUAUUUAUUGUAUGAAAUGUUUUGAGAAAGAAAAUUAACUACGUACUUCUUACCUGCUUUAUUCAGGUGCACCUAAAAAGAUAAAAGGAUGAAAACGGAUGCUUCCCCAACUGUUUUUGCUAAGAUAAAGGGGGUUAAUUAUUAAACUUUCUACUUCAUCAUUUCCUAGUUCUGCUGAUGCUUUAAUCCUGGGUCAUUGGAAGUUUAAGGCUGCAUUACAGUCUUUUUUGUUUUUCCCUGAAGUUUCCAAGUCUGGAAGGAUGUUAGGGGGAUUGCUGCUUGCAUCUGCCUGGGUUGCUGUUGCAUAUCCUGAGCUUUGCAAACCAGAUGCAGAGAAUGCUUUCAAAGUGCGGAUUAGUAUCAAAAGAGCUCUAGGAGAUAAUGCAUAUACUUGGGAUGCUAAUGAAGAAUACCUAUUUAAAGCAAUGGUGGCUUUUGCCAUGAGAAGAUAUUUCAGCCAAGAAACCACCCAAAUUUCCAACGUACUGCUCUGCAACAUAACAGAUCGGGUAUCAUUUUGGUUUGUGGUCACAGAUUCAUCCACAAAUGCAACAACUAUUCCUAGGAGUGAUGUGGAAGCUGCCAUAAGGAGGAACAAAAACCGAAUCAACAGUGCCUUUUUACUGAAUGAUGAUGCGCUGCAGUUUCUGGAAAUCUCGUCCACUUUAGCACCACCAGUUGAAGGCUCUGUGCCGACGUGGCUGAUUGUGUUUGGUGUUGUCCUUUGCAUCAUUACGGUUGGAAUUGCUUACCUUAUAAUAUCCGGAAUCCAUCAACGCAAGAGACGUAAUAAGGCACCUGAAGAAAUAGAAGGUUUAGAAGAUAAAUGUGAAGCAACCGUAACAAUGGAAAAUGGAAUUCCCUGCGAUAGCUUGGAUUUAAAAGCUGGCCGUAUUAAUGGAGUCUAUUCAGCAGCAGAUGACGAGCGGUUCACGCCCUUAUGAAGUGUCUUGGUUUCUCUCAUGCCCAGAAGGGACUCUGCCCUCGUUUUAUCUAGCAAGGAAGAUUAUCGGAGAACAAGAAGAGAAAAAAACUUGUGUACUUUGCCUUGUUUUCAUUCGGCGAUUCCUUUUAUAUAAGCAUGUUCAUACAUACACACCCAAAUUCAGUUCUCAUCGAAAGGUUCAUGGAAAGAGCAAAUAUCACUCCCAAUGCUUAAUGUUCUUUGGACCUAUCAGAGAUUUGAGGACAAAGGCCAUUUCCCUGCAGGAACAGUAUUCAUAGGGAUAGAUGGAUCACUCUGUUCCUGAUCCCUAUAACUUUUGCAUAUUUAAUCCAUAAGUUUGUUCCACCCUGCAUUCAAUUAAAAGGGGGGGGGGGCAAAUGCCUGCACUUUUAAAAAUUUAAAUAUUUUUGAACGUAUUUCUGCAAAAAAAAAUCUUCCAAAAUACACAUUUCAAAAUGAGUAUUUCUGGGAUCCAGGAGCCACGAUAUGCAUUUCUCACAGGACCCUUGUGUAGCAUUUAAAAAUGCAUUUUUGUAUGUUUUGAGCCAAAAGCGACAUCACAAGGUCCAGAGAAGCAUGAAAGCUAAAGAAUAACUGCGUAAGGAUCUCUAUAUAUUAAUGAGGGAGGUUCAGAUCACCAAAAUCAAACUCUUCAAGCAUCUUGACUUGUUACUAGUAUUUAAAUGUUUAGUUACCCGUUGCCUUUUACUUUCCGAUUGAGGGGAAAGAGUAAAUUGCUUUGAUCCAAUAUACUAACCAACACAUGCACUUCAUUGAGGCCCAUGAGAACAGAGGAGGGGGGAAAUGGAUGAGAAAGGAACAUUUGCUGCCCUUAGGGGUUUACGGAUGAUCACUUUUCAAAGACAUGUUGUCUCUGAACAUUUGCUGCUCUUAGGGGUUUACGGAUGAUCACUUUUCAGAGACAUUUGCUCUUGUCACUGUCAUUGUGCCUUUGAAGCAAGUUCAUGAUCUCUUCUGGAAUGGCUUUUGAAGAUUUCUGCAGGGCUUUAAGAACUAAAGGUGUGGGCUUCCUCCUCCAUCACUGCUGCCAAUAGAUGUGCAUAGUUUGGUAUAACUGUUAUGACCACCUCUGGGGUAACACUCAGAGGUUGAACAGAGGGAAGAAGAUUAAGAGGCACUCAUAGGUUGAAACGCAAGGAGCAAGAGGAAGCAACAAUAGUGCAUGUACUGAUGUUCAGAGGGAGGAAGCAUGCUCAAUAGCAGGCCUGUACAUCUCAAACAACUUGCAUGCGUCUCUGACCCUUUAUACAAACUGUGCUUACUGUCUUUUCCAGCUGUGAACCCCAUUGAGCAAGGGGGUGCAUGUCUUUUCCAUACAUGCUGUGGUGUA